CUAAAUUUACCAUGCACAUACGGCUUAUUGGAGAACUUUUGUCUUACUAUUAUUUCUAAAUGAAGUUGCAUAGUCACCUCCAGGAGUGCUCAAGGCCCUUUGCACUUUCUGCAAUGUAGAAGUCUUACUGUGUAAUUGGUAGUUGUAGUUGUUCAGUGUGACGCACGAAUUUGGAGUUUCUUUCUGUAUAAAAGAUGAAGUCUCAACUAAGAUAGAGCCAUUCAGAUGAAAAUCCUCCGAUAAGACAAACACCUGUCUCAGAGCACCUUAAUUGGUAGACUUCAUCUAUACAACUUAAGCACCAUGAAGCAGGGAUCUGAAGAUUCUGACUCCUACCGUCUAGUCGUCUUGGGCUCUACGGGUGUGGGCAAGUCAGCUCUGAUAUCCAUGUUCCUUAAAGGUGACAUCGAAAGAACCUACAAGCCAACGGUAGAUGACAUUCACAUUGGCUACGCGUGGCAGGGCCGCAAGAAGUGUAAACUGGAAAUCCUGGAUACAUCGGGAAGCUAUGAUUUCCCUGCCAUGAGGAGACUGUACAUCUCCACGGGUCACAUAUUCCUCUUAGUACAUUCUCUUCAAGACCCGAAAUCCUUCGAAGACGCUCUUUGUAUCCUCGAACAGAUCCGGGACGAACGCACAGAACAAGACGUGCCAAUCCUUGUUGUCGGAACCAAAUCGGACCAGAAACGCCCGGGUUGUGUAAGCAGUGCCGAGGCGGAGCUCAGACUGAUUGACUAUAUGGAUGUCGUCAGGUACGUGGAAUGCAACGCCAAAAGCGCAGACAGCGUGAACAGUCUCUUUAAACAAGUCGCCAAUGUGGUGUUGAACCCACGAGACCGGUCCUUAUCUUUGCCGGUGGAAACGGACUCACAGCCCCAGAAACGAUCCCUGUCAUUCUUGAGAAGACUGAAGAGUAUUCGCCGAAGUUGAGAGUGUUGACUUGAAGUCAAGACUAUUGCAAAGAAACUGUGCUAUGCUUGUUGACUUGAAGCCAAGACUAUUGCAAAGAACUGUUUGAACUUCUGAAAAUGACAAUACAUGAUCCAAUCUAACUUUACUUUGUAAGUGUUUAAAGUUUUGACUUGUAACAGCAUAAUGUGAUUUUCCUUAAUGUGUGUUACUUUUGUUGGUGAUGGGCGUCACCUUUAGAAAGCUGGUAACUCCGAGGGAUUUGCACGUGUCUGACCACAUUCUUACCAAUGCAUCGAA